AUGACCUCCGUCCAACUUCCGUUAACACCAGCCGAGAAGCUUUUCCGACAAUGUCUGCUAGACUGCCGGGAACAGAUGCAAGAUAUUCCUGGAAUGAAGGAUCUUGUGCUGCGAUGGACAGGAGGCUGGGUCAGAGAUAAGCUGCUGGGCGUCCAGAGUCACGACAUCGAUGUGGCGCUGAGCUCUAUGACCGGCUUGCAGUAUGGCCAAGCCAUGCAGGCUUUUAUGAAGGAGCAUGGUUCCAAGUAUGAGGAAGAAGCCAUCAAGCAAGGCAUUAACCCACAAGUCAAGGACAUCCAUACAAUCGCGGCCAACCCGGAAAAGUCAAAGCACCUGGAAACGAUCACGACGAGAAUGUUCGGUCUCGAUGUCGAUUUCGUCAACCUCCGCAAAGAGGUCUACGACGAACAGAGCCGCAACCCACAGAUGGAAUUCGGCACGGCUGAGGAAGAUGCGCUGCGUCGAGAUGCCACAGUCAAUGCUCUCUUCUACAACCUGGACACACAGACCAUCGAGGAUUUCACCCAGAAAGGACUGGAUGACAUGAAGAAGAAGGUCAUCCGCACGCCGCUUGCACCGUUCCAAACAUUCAAGGACGACCCGUUGCGAGUUUUGCGCCUGAUCCGCUUCGCUUGCCGAUUAGGAUAUGUGAUCGAGUCCAGUGCGCAGGAAGCGAUGAAGGACAAGAGCAUACACGAAGCUCUUCGCCUGAAAAUCAGCCGAGAGCGCGUAGGGGUAGAGAUUGGUAAGAUCAUGGCAGGACCGGAUCCAUACACCGGAUUAAGAUACAUCAACACAUUCGACCUCUAUGCAACGGUGUUCGGUGAUCCAAUGACAUCUGAUGGUGAUUUCGCAGUUGACGCAGACCAAGCACUCGUCGCUUAUGAAGGAUUGUGCCGCAUCCUCGAGGAGAAGUCGUCGAUCUGCCUGGUUUUGAAACCCAAGGAAGAUCAAUCCUUAAGCUGGUUCCUGGCUGCUUACACACCUUUCGCGAGGUCGUCGGCACGCGCUGAACAGGCAUCAAGGGAGGGCAUCAAGGCUACGAACAAGAUGAGCAAAACUCUUAAAGAUGCCAUCGAUCUGCGACCAAGGAUCCUCAAGGCGGUGAAGCUGGUCAACGAGGACCAAGCUACCCGAGCAGACGUGGGUAUGGCGCUUAGACAAUGUAGGGAAGCGUGGCGGUCGCAUGUCCUCUUCUCCCUCCUCUGUGGUAUCGUGGAGGAAGACUUCUCAAUAGUGACAGAUCGAUACCAAAAGUUUGUCACUUUCAUCCACGACCAGAAACUCGAAGACGCGAAUACGGUUGUGCCAAUUCUGAACGGCAACCAAAUCAAGGAUGCAUUGGGUGGUCCGAAGGGCGGCCCUUGGCUCAAGAGAGCAGUCGACAUACUUGCGCAAUGGCAGUUCAACAACCCUGAGGCGCCAAAGGACGAAGCGAUCGAGAUGAUAGCGGGCAAAAAGCAGGAGCUUCGUCUAGUCUGA